CGGUUUAGGAGGUGGCGUUUCUAUCCGCUGACUCACGGUAGCUGACCCCAGAUCGAACUGCUAUUUGCUUGACGACGUUACGAAGAAAUCAACUUUGGAUUGGAAGCUGGGAGUGAGACCGGAACGUAUUCAGUGAGAAGAAAUAUGAAAACAAUGGCGUUUUCACCAUCUAACGGCUAUUUCCACCUUUAUAAAAAACCCUCAAUUAACGCAAUACAAAUUCAAUUCAUCAACCACCAAAACCAAAACCCAUCAACCAAAACACAACUAUUUCGUUCAUUUUCCAUUAAAUCAUCCAAAACCCCUCUUACUCCAGUUACUUCUCCGGAACCCAACACCCCACCGCUCGUUGUAGUAGGGUCAGCCAACGCAGACAUAUAUGUUGAAAUUGACAGACUACCCAGAGAAGGAGAGACCAUCUCAGCCAAGAAUGGGCAGACACUUGCAGGUGGCAAGGGAGCCAAUCAGGCAGCCUGUGGUGGCAAACUCUCUUACCCAACCUACUUUGUGGGGCAGGUGGGUGAUGAUGCUAAUGGGAAAUUGAUCAUUGAUGCUUUGAGGAAUGGUGGCGUCCACCUUGAUUAUGUAAGGCAUGUUGGUGAUGUGCCUACCGGGCAUGCUGUGGUGAUGCUUCAGUCUGAUGGGCAGAACUCUAUUAUUAUUGUUGGUGGAGCCAACAACAGUGGUUGGCCUGAGGAGCUAAGUGAUCAGCAUUUGGGGGUUGUGAGGAAUGCUGGUAUCAUUUUGCUACAAAGGGAGAUCCCUGAUUCUGUCAAUAUCCAAGUUGCAAAGGCAGCAAAGAAUGUAGGUGUUCCUGUCAUUUUGGAUGUUGGGGGAAUGGAUACACCCAUACCCUUAGAACUGUUGAAGGUUGUUGACAUCCUGAGCCCAAAUGAAAGUGAACUUGCUCGUAUCACUGGCAUGCCCACUGAAAACUUUGAACAGAUUGGUCAUGCUGUUACAAAGUGUCAUGAAAUGGGAGCUAGGAAAGUACUAGUGAAACUUGGGGCCAAAGGUUCAGCUUUUUUUGAAGAAGGGCAAAAACCAAUUAGACAACCUAUUAUAUCUGCUGCAAGAGUACUUGACACUACAGGUGCUGGAGAUACUUUUACUGCUGCUUUUGCUGUGGCUCUGGUGGAGGGCAAGACAAAAGAGGAAUGCAUGAGAUUUGCUGCUGCAGCAGCUUCUCUUUGUGUUCAAGUGAAGGGAGCAAUUCCUAGCAUGCCUGACCGGACAUCGGUUUUGGGUCUUCUUCAAUGCGUUUGAGCGGUUACAUCCUUUUGUUGAAAUGCGAGUACAGCUUGAUUUAUCAGAAGAUGUCUUUCUUGAUGCUGUCAAAAGGGAUUUUCUUGACACUUAACAUUAAAAAAUAGUAAAAUUGCCAAUGUCCACAUAAAUAAAAUUGGCUGGAUUCCGACCAAAACUGGAAAUUAGGGAUGUUAUUGUGCUGUAAAUAAGUGUUCAAUGAUUUUUAAGGGUUUUUUCCCCUUAUAAUUUACAGUGGAGGGUGGGACUCCAAUUGGCCGUAUCUCAGUGUCUAGUGCAGAUUGAUGUCCUCUACUAGUUGCACUAAGCACUGAGGAAUUUCUUGGCUCAGAAUUUUUAAUGGGUUUGAGAGCUUUAACUAUUUGAAUAUUCUAAACAAGGCCUUGCUUUGAUUCUUUAGAGUUGUUAGUAUAAGCAAUGCUCUUCAACCGUAGUAGGCACAUCACUGGAGGGAUUGCAAAUCAAGAUUGGCAAAGAUAUCAUUAAUGUUCAUAAGAUAUCAAACAUACUCCAAUUUUUUCUA